UAAUUUUCCAGGAUGUUCAGCUCUUCUCCACAAUGAAUGAGUGUCACUAUGAUAAGCAGAUGGACUUUUUUUAUAACAGGAGCAACACUGACACGGCCGAUGACUGGACAGGAACAAAGCUUGUGAUUGUGUUAUGCGUUGGAACAUUUUUCUGCCUGUUUAUUUUCUUUUCUAAUUCUCUGGUCAUCGCAGCCGUGAUUAAAAACAGAAAGUUUCAUUUCCCCUUCUACUACCUGCUGGCUAACCUAGCCGCUGCUGAUUUCUUUGCUGGAAUUGCCUAUGUCUUCCUGAUGUUCAACACUGGCCCCGUUUCAAGAACUUUGACCGUCAACCGCUGGUUUCUCCGCCAGGGCCUUCUGGACACCAGCUUGACCGCCUCCCUGACCAAUUUGCUGGUGAUUGCGGUGGAGAGGCACAUGUCAAUCAUGAGGAUGCGGGUCCACAGCAACCUGACCAAAAAGAGGGUGACGUUGCUCAUUUUGUUUGUCUGGGCCAUUGCCAUUUUUAUGGGGGCAGUCCCCACACUAGGCUGGAAUUGCCUCUGUGACAUCUCCGCCUGCUCUUCCCUGGCCCCCAUUUACAGCAGGAGUUACCUCAUUUUCUGGACUGUGUCCAACCUCGUGGCCUUCUUCAUCAUGGUUGUGGUGUACCUGCGCAUCUACAUGUACGUCAAGAGGAAAACUAACGUCUUGUCUCCACAUACCAGUGGCUCCAUCAGCCGCCGAAGGACACCCAUGAAGCUCAUGAAGACAGUGAUGACUGUCUUAGGGGCCUUCGUGGUUUGCUGGACCCCGGGCCUGGUGGUUCUGCUGCUCGACGGCCUGAAUUGCAAGGAAUGCGGCCUGCAGCACGUGAAAAGGUGGUUCCUGCUGCUGGCGUUGCUCAAUUCCCUCAUGAACCCCGUCAUCUACUCCUACAAAGACGAGGAGAUGUACAGCACCAUGAAGAAGAUGAUCUGCUGCCUCUCUCAGGAGAAGAACCCGGAGAGGCGGCCCUCCCGCGUCACCUCCACGGUCCUCAGCAGGAGCGACACGGGCAGCCAGUACACGGAGGACGGCAUCAGCCAAAGCACCGUCUGCAACAAGAGCAGCUCCUAG